CAACACUGACACCAACCAUCAGCUGUUGUGACAAUUAUGCAUUACAUAUCUGCCAGUAGAUAAAUUAACGAAAUUUUGUAAGAAUGUCUAUACGUUUUUUGCGACUGUUUUCUACUGCCUCAUUACGGCAAACAAACCAUAAAAAUGCAGUAGGCAAUAAAAGCCUGGUUGAUAAAGUGGCGAUAACCAAUGAUGGCGCUGUUGUGGUCGCAUGGCAUCCAGAUAUACCAUUUCCAUAUGAAUGUUCUAAGCCUCUACCGAAGGCAUUAGAUUCACAGAAUAUAUCGCUGAUCAAAGUAAACGCAUUGCGCACUGCAAUGAGUGCCUUCAAGAACAAAAAACCAGAAGUAGCACGCCAGGAACUUAUGCAACUAACACAUACGACCAAACAUCGCUGGUUCCCACGAUCGCGUGAUAAGCGUGCAAAAGAUACAUCCAUGGAUCGUCCUUAUUUGUAAAUACACUGUAGGUGUACGGUGCACUCACACUUCAUUUUAAUGUUUAUUUCAACUUAAUAAAUAGCAAAAACUAUUCAA